UAAAUUAAUGUCUUUAUGAUAAUUGUUUUUAUUGAGUAAGGUAAUGUUUUAUUUGUAUUAUUAAUGAUAUGUUGAUUUAAUUUUAACUAGAAUCAGACGAUUCAUACAUGUUUUCAAAUACAAUGAUUAAUUUUCGAUUGCAUAAAGUUAAUAUCUCUAAUUUCAUCGGAGGAAGUAUAAAAAAAUGUAGUUCAUUUAUUAAAAAUGAUUCUCUCUCAUUUUCCAAGUAUGUUUAUAAUAGAAAUCCUAGAAAUUUGGAAAAAUUACGAAUUGCAUAUAAACCAGCUGGAUACCAUUUGGAAAAACCGGGGCGUGAAUUUUGGCAUAAGCUUGAAAUAAAUAUAAGUAAACGACAUGUGACUGCUUCUAUUUUACAUAACAGUGGUGUUAUACCUUUAUUAGCAACUACUGCUGAAUGGGCAAUUCGUAAACAACUUUUUAGUACUCGGGAUAAAGUAGCAUUUGCAACUGUUGGGAAAGUAUUGGCACAACGCUGUUUAGAAAGUGGAAUCUUUGAAGUAUUAAAUACAUAUGAAGCUAUACCAGGAGGCAAACUUGAUGCUCUUUUAAAAAAUUUAUCAGAUGGAGGUGUUCAAUUAGAAGAAAGUCCUAGGUAUAAAGCUCCACAUCCAUGGGACCGGGAAAGACCAGAAAAGCCUUGGGAAAAUUAUUAAUUAUUAUGUUAUUUAUAUCAUUAAAUUUUUGACUUCACAGGUUGCUUACUCAAAGAGGACAAGUCACUGGAACAUUUUUAUGUUAUUGUUGAUAUUAUUAAACAACACACUGGGUACAGUAAUAUUAUUUAAGAUAACAGUUUAAUGUAUUUUUACUUAUGUUAGUAUAGUACAAGGUCAAAGGGACACAUUCCUUUUACGAUUAUGUUGUUUUUACUCAAUGCAGCCUAUUGUAUACAUGUUUACAGUUUAGUCGUAGUUUCACCGUCUAUCGAGUAAAGUGACCCGUUGCCGUUGUACAUCUCUUAUAUUAUAUGUUUUGACAUUUUAUAUUAAAUACUAUUAUAUUACGAAUAACUUCUAAAUCUUUUAAUUACAUAACCUAUUCCAUUCAACAGUUUUCAAUAAUGUAUUACAUUAAAGAAGUUUUAAUCAGUAAUGAUUAAGAAUAAUAUUUGUUUUUAUAUUUAA